CAUGUCCCCGCAUUUAAAUGCACUCAUCAACGAACACAGAAAGACGCGACAUCGCGGUGGCCUUGUCGUGUAGCAGUUAGCUGUUAGCAUUACCGUGGCUUCGCUGGAGGCGCUCCGUCACGUCGGAGUUUAUUUGCGAGGUGAAGCUCAUAAGUUCUCGUCCACCGUUUCUUCUCUCUAACCUGUGCAAAGGCGAUAUUCCUGGAAACACGCUGACACCGAAUCCCGAGCGUAACCGCUCCACGACGAAUGACAUAGCCGGACGCCAUGUUUCCUUGCUCAAUCGGUGUGCAACAGCUAAAACAGUCCGACUCCAAACAAGAUGCUCGAGUCAUCUGUCCGACCUGCUGUUACUAUGACAACACUCGCAGUCACAACUUGACAACAGAGAACUGAAUUUGGAUCCUGAUCGAUUCGUUCUUUCAUUAUCGCGUAUCUCACCAACUAAUGGAGACCGAAGCGGCAAGAAUGAAGACUGAUGAUGUAGAAACCCAAGUGGGUUCUACAAAAGAAGCAGCAGCAAAGGACAACCGACCAAAUGGACAGCAGUCGUGGCCGCGGAUGACCAAGGAGUUCCUGAGAGACCAGUGUAAGCGGCAGAAACUCUACACAACGCCACAUUUGAAUGACACCUUGUAUCUACAUUUCAAAGGCUUCUCAGCCAUUGAAAACCUGGAGGAGUACACUGGACUGAAGUGUCUGUGGCUUGAGAGUAACGGACUGAAACGCAUAGAAAACCUGGACGCUCAGAUUAACCUCCGCUGCUUGUUCCUUCAGCAGAACUUGAUCCGCCGACUGGAAAAUCUGGAACAUCUGCAAAACCUCUGCACUCUAAAUGUGUCCAACAACUACUUAAGCAAAAUCGAAGGCAUCUCAUCUCUUCCUGAGCUGACCACGCUGCAGAUUUCCCACAAUAAGUUGAAGACACUUGAGGACAUAGCACACUUGACAGACUGUCUGUCCCUAAAUGUCCUGGAUUUGUCUCACAACCUAUUGAAUGACCCGGAGAUGCUUCUAGUACUUGAAGCCAUGCCACAACUGAGAGUCCUAAAUCUCAUGGGAAAUGAAGUUGUGAGGAAAAUUCCGAACUAUCGGAAGACCAUGAUUGUGCGCCUCAGACAGCUCACCUUUCUGGAUGACCGACCUGUUUUCCCCAAAGACAGGGCCUGUGCCGAGGCAUGGGCCACGGGAGGGCUAGAUGCUGAGCGCGCAGAGAAUCGGCAGUGGGAGUCCCUGGAAAGGAGGAAGGUCCAAGAAAGCUUGGAUGCUAUGGCACUGAUUCGACAAAAAGCUCAGGAAAGAUUGCGCCUUAAGAAGAUGCAGGAGGAGGGUGAAUCAAUCAUCAAUCCAGGGACUCAAACUGAAGAUGUAGCCGAUAAGAAUAUAGAAACAGUUGCUGACAGAACCUGGGAUGCCUAUAAGGAACUCAGCAAAGAAUGUUCAGCAGUGGACGGAGACAUUCGACCCAAAGAAAAGACAGGGGCAGGUGACUCACAGACAAAUGAGUCGUGUCACCAACAGAAAAAGUGCCCGGAAAGUGACGAUGGACAGGAGUUUGAGGCAGGAAACCUACAGUCUGAGAUGACAGGGUUGAGUGACCUACAGUUCUCUAACUGUAGUGAUGUGGAGAUGAAGAGGCCAGAGCUGAGCAUCCAACAUGGAGAUGAUGGGUUAGAGAUGGUAGAACAGAAAGAGACAAGCAAGCAACAAAUCCAACAAUCUGACUCAGACAGCAUGCGGCGAAAACAUUCUGAGAGAGGAGACCAAGAGAUAGAGCAACUACAAGCCGUCGAUCCAAUGAUACAGGGUGUUGAGAAGGCAGAAACAGAGCUGGAAGAGCUGCUUAAUGUCUGCAACACAAAUCCCUUGGAGACCACUGAAAAUUCAAUGGAGCAAAUGAAGAUGAUCAGGCAACAUCUAGGAAACAGUCAAAGGGAAGAGUUUUCUGUUCCUGAGGAAAUGAACAGAGAGCGAGAGAAUGAGGACCUGCAAAUUAAGAACCAAGAAGCGGAGCAGCUAGUGAACAGUGAUCAGCGAGGUGAGGAACCACCGGUGGGAAACCAGCUCGAAACAUCAGUCACAUGCAGCGAAACAAAAGAGCAGUCUGGAGACAAACCAGAGAGAGGCCAGUUCCAGGGUGACAGAUUCAUGGAGAUAUCGCCCACUCACUGGUGUCAGGAGACUAAUAAACAACAAAAGACUUUCAGUGGAAGAAAUGGACCAGGAAGAGACCAGUGUGAGACGAUCAGUGUUCAAACUGUCCAUGGUCCGGGGCCACUGGUCACAGAGCUGGAAGAGACAGAACAUUUGGAGACCAUUCUGCUUUCUUCAUCUCCGCCUCUGCGAAUCGAUGACCUCCCUGAUCUGGAAGCUUGUUCUGGAGGAUGGAGUGUGUCAACGGUUACUUCAUGUGAAAAGGCUAUGUUUUUGAUGGAAGAAAACAAGAAUGGCGAAGUCAAGGAUGACUCGUCAUUGAUGUAUCCAGAGCAUGAGAACUCAAAUCCACGUCACGUUGUUACCUGUACGCGACGCCUGAUUGAGGAAUUGGAUUAACAUUGAUUCAUAUCUCAAUAAUGUUUCUCAUACUUUGAAUCCCUGGCAAUUUGGUACUAAUACUGCUAAUAAAAUG